AUGGCUCAGUACUCCGGCCAGACAGAGCUGGGCGCUGUUCCCAAUGGCCAAAUGUCCACUACCGAUGCGCAAAUCAGCGUGGUCUGCGGGCCCCUACUCAACUUCAAGAAUAUGGCCGUGACCCCGUCGUCGUCCCUCUGGUACGGAAGCGUUCUGAUUGUGACCAAACCUGGUCAAAGACAACCGCAGCUCCUCUUACGACAAAUUGGCCCGGUGGGAGGCAAUGCGCCGCUCACGGACGACCAAUCCGCCCGCCAGCCUGUGGCAUUUGACGGCUUGCGCCUCUACGAGGAUCCGCAAAAAGCGUUCUGGCGCUUCUCUAUCGUGGUUCCCUUGGAAUCGUACGAAGCGCGCUGGCAGUAUGAUAUCCCGGGUUUCCAGUAUGCGGACACCGACGAAGUUCUCGCUCCCUGGAGCUUUGUGGUCCCCUCUAUGAACCAGUCCAUGCGCCUCAUGUUCCAUUCCUGUAACGGCUUCUCCGUUGGCACCGAUAUGAACGCCUGGUUGGGCCCGAAUCUAUGGAAUGAUGUUAUGCGCGUCCACGCGCAGAAACCCUUCCAUGCCAUGAUCGGUGGUGGCGACCAAAUCUAUAACGAUGGAAUCCGUGUGGAUGGUCCCCUGAAGGAAUGGACGUCGAUCUCGAACCCCCACAAGAGACGUGCGCACAACUUUGAUAACUCCCUCCGAGCCCGAUGCGAUGACUAUUACUAUGCCAACUAUAUUCGAUGGUACUCCACCGAGCCGUUCAAGACCGCCAACGCUCGCAUUCCUCAGAUCAAUAUCUGGGAUGACCACGACAUCAUUGACGGCUUUGGCUCGUACACGGACCACUUCAUGCGCUGCGCGGUCUUUCGCGGCAUCGGUGGGGUAGCGUUCAAGUAUUACUGCCUCUUUCAGCAUCAUAUAGCACCGCCCAAAUCGACCUUUACUACGGAUGCCCCGCAAACCAUGCAAGCGAUCAAUGGCACCGCAGGCGCAGACCCGCGUCAACUGGAGAACACGUUUGUACUCGAAAAUCAGCCGGAGGACGACAGCUGGAUUGUUGGGAAGACUCCGGGGCCGUACGUCGAGGAGAGGAGUCGAAAUCUGUACAUGCGUCUCGGGAAGCGAAUCGCUUUCAUCGGUGUCGAUGCACGUACCGAACGUACCCGCCACCAGGUCAAUUACCCGGAAACCUACGAUCUCAUUUUCUCUCGGCUCGAGCGCGAGGUGGCUGCCGCCAACGGUGAUGUCAAGCAUCUGGUGGUGCUGCUCGGUGUCCCCAUUGCUUAUCCCCGCCUGGCGUGGUUGGAGAACAUCUUGAGUUCACCCAUGAUUGCGCCAAUCCGUUUACUGAACAAGCGAUUCGGCUUCGCAGGGGGCCUGUUCAACCAAUUUGACGGCCAGGUGGAUUUGCUGGAUGACUUGGACGACCAUUACACUGCUCGCCAGCACAAGAAAGAGCGGAGGAUCUUCAUCCAACGUCUGCAGGAUUUCGCCAUGGCCAAUUCGAUUCGUGUGACCAUCCUCGGCGGAGAUGUACAUCUUGCUGCCGUCGGGCGGUUCUAUUCAAACCCUAAGCUUGGCGUCCAGAGUGAGAACGAUCCCCGAUUCAUUGUGAAUAUCGUCAGUAGCGCAAUCACCAACAAGCCGCCUCCCAAGGCAGUUGCCAAUCUGCUUGCUCGGAGGAACAAGAUCCAUCAUAUGGAUCCAAAUACUGACGAGACACUCAUGGCUUUCUUCGACAAGCAACCUGGAGGCAUAGAGAAGAGUGCCUCGUGGAAUAAAGUGACCAUGCCCUCGAGAAAUUACGCGUGCAUCACCGAGGUCGACACCCCGCUGAUGAACGGCGGUGCUGCCACUGGAGACCCGCCGUUGCCUAUACCAAAGGAUGGUCACUCGCCCCUCCACAAGGGCGAGGCUGAGGCAGGCUCUACUCACUCCGCUGCAGAUGGGGUUACCAGCAACAGCAGCAUGCACGGCGGCUUAGACGUAGCCAUCCGCGUAGAAAUCGACCCCAAGAACACAGAAGGCGCCGCCGAGGGCUAUGGUUUCAGCAUUCCUCCCUUGAUAUAUGUCGCACAGCAGAACCAAUCCCGACCAAGCUCUCGCCAUGCGCAUUCUUUGCGUGCUCAUUCCCUUCGGCCAAGCUCUGCACGUUCUGCAGCUGAUCGGCCUCAUACUGCGGUCCACUAA